AUGGACUCACGCUUGAAAUGGAAGGCUACAGGCUUGCUGACUUGGCUUCUAGCCACAGAAAUAGCCUACUGUCUCCCGCAAGUAGGAACUGGGGUAGAAAUUGCCAUACAGCCCACAUCUACCGAACCUACAGGUGCCUUUGAGACUCAGUAUCCACCUUCAGACAGUGAAGACAGGCUGCUCAUUCCCAACUCCCACCCAGUAUAUCGAGUAGCUUUGGAGCAAGACGGCCAUUCAUCGCAGCAGCCUUUUCCACAGUUUGACAUUGUCCAACUCGUUGACGGCUUGGAAGACUUGUUGGGCUCAGAUGAUAGUACUACUAGACCAGCACCGACUGCGACUCAAGCGACAAUAUCAGCAAAACAGCCUGAAAACUCAGCACCAGCUCUUACAGCUGUAUCUGUGACAGACUCACCGCAGGCCAACACAAGUGCUACUGUGGCACACGAGCCCGUUCACAUACUUUCUUCGCCCACAGUCACAUUAGAUUCCACUGAAACCAUGCACGGCCAGGAUAUCUUCCAGCCGGUCGCGACUGGUCCUGUCCCUGCUAAUAUUAAGUCUCGACAUGACCACCCACUGCCGAACAAGCACGCCAAUACUACUGACCCUAUUGCGACGAAUAAGUUCUACGCCGGCCUCUUCUUGGGCUCUCAGACUAAUGCUACCUUCACUCAGCCCUACUCUCUGGCAUGGUCCAAAGGAGGAGGCUCCCUGAAGAGCUGGGGUAUGGGUGUUUCUCACAUCCAGCCUCACAUGCUCGCAUAUGGACCUCCGAACAACAUGAUCCCUGGGAGCCCAGUGCAGUUCUACAUUAAUCCAGUUGGCCUCCAACAUCUGAUCUUCUCUGCAGCCGAGCUUGACCAGUCCUCCAUCAUGACCGUCGAACAGCCAAAGGCUUUCUCAGCCCACGCUGUGAUCCAGCGCUCCCCAGGUUCGACUCAGCAGAUUACCUUCCCUGUUGUGCAAGGCAUGGGUUACGCAACGGCUGUGUACAACUAUCUGCAGCCCCUGAUUGAAAGUGGCGUUUUCUUCCACAAGGUUGUCAACGCUGGUUCACCUAGGCCCGGCAUCUUCAAGUACCAGGUUUUCCUUGAGGAUGACACGACCUGGCUUGUCUAUGCCACUCCGUUUGAUGGCAAGGAUCCGAUGUUCAAGCUAGUCUCAAAGACCCAUCUUCGCGGUCCGGAGGGCUUUAAUGGAACUAUUCAAGUCGCGAAGAACUCCGCAGGAAAUUCUGGCGAGAAAUUCUAUGAUAACUCAUCCGGUGUCUACCCGGUGGCAGGAGAAAUCUCCGGCUCUGUCACAGAUGAUGUGGGCAGCUAUACGCUCUCAUGGACCAAGGCUGGAAAGGAUGUCGAAGGCACUCCUCUGAUCAUGUUCGCCCUACCCCAUCACGUCCAAUCCUUCGACCGUGCCACCCAGGGCCGUAUCACCAAUAUUCAGCUUCGCACCACAACGAAGGGCAAUUCCACUGCCGUGAUCGGAGAAAGCUGGACUAUGAUCGAACAGAACCUCCCCAUCGACAUUGGAUUUGCCCCGUGGUCAACCACUAAUGGUAGCGUUCAAGAGCUCUCAGCCGCGGCUCAAUAUGCCAUUCUCCAGGUUGCUCCCCACGAGCUCAAGCAGAACAUUUCAGAUCAAACAGAUCUCAACAGUAUGUACUACAGCGGCAAGGCGCUGAGUAAGUUCGCAACGCUAGUGUACACUGUCUAUCAACUCGGCAACAAUGUCGAUCUAGCAACAGAUGCCUUCCAACAGCUCAAGAAAUCCUUUGAUCUAUUCAUACAAAACAAGCAGCAAUACCCACUCGCCUACGACGCCGUCUGGAAGGGCGUUGUCUCGACCGCGGGCUACAACGGCGACCUGAACCAGGAUUUCGGAAACACCGCGUACAACGACCACCACUUCCACUAUGGCUACUUCGUCCAAGCAGCCGCCAUCAUCGGCUCUCUUGAUCCCAGCUGGCUGGCCGCGAAUAAGGAAUGGGUCAACAUGCUCGUUCGUGAUGCUGGUAACUCCGUUGCAGACGAUCCCCACUUCCCAUUCUCGCGCUCGUUCGAUUGGUACAACGGUCACUCGUGGGCGAAGGGUUUGUUCGAGUCUUUCGAUGGCAAAGAUCAAGAAUCUACAUCGGAAGAUACCAUGUUUGCAUAUGCGAUCAAGAUGUGGGGACAGACCACCGGCGAUGCUAGCAUGGAAGCUCGUGGCAAUAUCAUGUUAGGCAUCCUAAGUCGGUCGCUCAAAAAUUACUUCUUGAUGGAGGAUGAUAAUGUCAACCAGCCGGCGAACUUUAUUGGAAACCGAGUAACUGGAAUCGUAAGUACCGCUAUCCUCAUCGACAACCCAAACUCGACCCUGACAGACCAAAAACAGCUUUUCGAAAACAAGGUUGAUCACACCACUUACUUCGGUGCCAGCCUCGAAUUCAUUCAAGGUAUCCAUAUGCUACCCCUGAUGCCACACACCCCCUUCACACGCCGAAAGGAGUUCGUGCACCAGGAAUGGCAGGCAAUGUUUGCUGAGAACGCCUCAACACCGGCCUCCAAGGUCGAUGGUGGAUGGAGGGGUGUGCUAUACGCCAAUCUGGCCCUCAUCAAUCCCAAAGCAUCGUGGGAAUUCUUUGCCCAGCCAAACUUCAACUACAGCUGGAUUGAUGGCGGUGCUACACGCACAUGGUACCUGGCGUUUGCUGCUGGUCUUGGUGGUGCUCCUUAG